CCUAGACCAACCAGGGCAACCAUAUGACACCAGUGCAGUGGGAGGUGGAAGAAAGGGAGACUUGGAGAAUGAAGAUCCAGAUGAAGCUUCAACCGAUGAAGAUGAUUGGUGGACAACCAGCAGUGAUUCUUCCGAAGAUGACGAAGUAGACCAAGCUUUCUCACUAGCACAAGAUCCUGAUCCAAAAAAUGCGAAUGCAAAUAAUGCCGGUAAAAAGAAAAUGAAGUCGAAGUCGUCAGCUGCUGAACAGGUAGGCGGGUCUCCUGAAAUGUCUUCUGCAGCAGGCAACGAAAAGUCAAAGUCUUCUCCGAGUAGCAAAAAAGAGUCAAAAGAGCAUGGAAGAGCCACGACUAAAGGGAAGAUUCGAAACACGAAGAUCAAAGCUUUGCGUAACGUUGAUGUGCUGGAGGAAACUUUGGAGAGCUUCCUGAAAGGCACAAUAGCCCCACUGCUUUUCUCGGCUCUGACAACGAGUUUGAAUGCGCCAAUCUACGAGAAGAGCAGGCCAGAACCGGAAGCUUUCACAACAAUGCAUCGCAGAAAGCAAGAGGAUAUCAGGUAUUGAGUUUUAUACUGUUAAGGGUAGUUCUAGUCUGUACUUUCCAGCGGAUGACUUUUUGUAUUCUAACAAGAGACUCGACUCCAUGUGGAAUCUUGUCACAUCGAUUCAUCCUGCCGGUAGGUGCAGCAAACCUAUUUAGGAUGCACAGAAUAGAAUGGAUGACUUUUUGUAUUCUAACAAGAGACUCGGCUCCUAGGUAUAUGUCAUUAUUCUAACAAGAGACUCGACUCCAUGAGUUGAUGCCGGCGAAGACUGCAAAUACAAUCACAGUUAGGAGUCAUCCAAUGAAUUUGGGUGUAAAUAAUCAUAAGAUAGAAUUAUAUUUCUAUAAUUCCGUGGUUUGAUCGACGUACUUUAUUUCUUCAUGCUCCAUCGAUCUUAGCGUUUACAACGAACUUCAUUCAUUCCUGUAAUUCUCGGCUCUUUCGUUCCCACGCUUACCAGUUAUUUCUUCAUGCUGUAUGACUACCAGUUAUUUCUUCAUGCUGUAAUAUCAGUAGAUACAAUUACAACUACUCACUCUGUUAACAUGCUUCAGACAAAUUUUGCAGAGUGAGCGAAUCCGGAUGCGGCGUGACAAGAUCGCGCGGAUAGAGCAUCUGCAGAACAAGAACGAUGGUAUUACGAAGAUCAUUUUGGGACAUUUAGGGACGUUUCCAGGAGUAGAGCGCAACCUGUGGCGAGUUCUGGCGAACAUCGAACAAGAGAUCUGCCUUGCGCUAAAUUUAGAAAAGCCGUCAGAGAUGCCCCUCACGUUGCCACAACUGCUACUAGCGAACCGGGAAAUCCUUCGCCGAGGCACCCUCCUGGGCGGUUUGAUUCCCGACAUGAGAGAAC